AUAAUAACGAUUACCAUUUUGCAAUUGAAGCCCAAAGACCUACCGGUGGUAUCAAUGCAGUUGCGACACGUUAAUCUCAGUGCACGACUGCACACAAACGAAACUUAUGAAUCCUAUUUUAAACGUCGUAUUGCCCACAUGGUAAGUACGUACUGCGAGCAACAGGCUAACGAAUGCCGAGGUGCAACAUUACGACUCAAUAAGGACAAUGUGAUCGUGUUAAGAGUUGCAUCACCAAAUGCGACAACAAAUUCCACGACACUAUCAUUCGUAGUCACAAAGUCGUCGAAUGUUGGCUCAUUAAACGACUUGAUGAUAAUUGAUUCAACAAAGAUAAAAUAUAUUCUAUCUGCUCAACUGGCGCCAUUAUCACGUGUUCUUGGUGGUAUUCGAAUUGACAGUAUUGAUGUUGUUCAUCUAUCACCGAACACCAACUACAAUCUCAAUAAUGCUGAUAGAGAUAAUCCUACUGAUAAUAGCAAAUUGCUGAUCCUGCUCGCUAUCACUGCCUUAUUUCUACUUAUCACAUACAUUAUCGCUACUGUUAAAGUUUGCAGGCAAGUCAAUUUUUUCGUUUUCUUUUUUUUUCAACCUUAA